AGACACAUUCGACGCUACACAGCAAAACCCCGCCAAACCCCUCCCUCCCUUUCAAGAGCGAGAAAACUCUCUCUCUCUCUCUCUCUCCCCUCCGAAACAGUAAUGCUAGCAAACCGUAGCUUCCAUGGAGUACCUCAUCCUCCGCCCCUUCACUUCACCCGUUCCAACCGCUGCACACUCUCUCUCUCCUCUUCCUUCUCGCCUCGCUCCGAAACGACUCCGCUCUUACCUCCUUCUCUAUCCACUGGUCCAUCAGACAAAAGAAGGUCUUCUCUGUUCUGUAUUCAAGCCCAAUCGGAGCCGUCCGAAUCGACCAGCGAUGCGGCCGCUCUGUACUCCCAGCCUUUCUCCGUCAAAAUCCCGGUCGGCGAUAGACAUUUUUCUAGUGGGAAGAAAGGAAAGGAAGAGAUGUCGAGCACUGUUGGUCAAGUCAUACGUUGCAAAGCUGCUGUGGCUUGGGAAGCAGGGAAGCCACUGGUGAUCGAAGAAGUGGAGGUGGCGCCACCUCAGAAGAUGGAGGUUCGUCUGAAGAUCCUCUUCACCUCUCUCUGCCACACUGAUGUUUACUUCUGGGAAGCAAAGGGUCAGAACCCUUUGUUUCCUCGAAUCCUCGGACAUGAGGCAGGAGGGAUUGUGGAGAGUGUUGGAGAAGGAGUGACGGAGCUUGCACCAGGAGACCAUGUGCUUCCAGUAUUCACUGGAGAAUGCAAGGAAUGUGCUCACUGUAAGUCUGAAGUGAGCAACAUGUGUGAACUUCUGAGGAUUAACACAGAUAGGGGAGUAAUGAUCCAUGAUGGGAAAUCAAGAUUCUCUAUCAAUGGCCAACCCGUUUACCAUUUCGUUGGGACAUCCACCUUCAGCGAGUACACGGUGGUCCACGUUGGUUGUGUUGUCAAGAUCAACCCGCUUGCUCCUCUGGACAAAGUGUGCAUUCUAAGCUGUGGAAUCUCAACAGGCUUUGGUGCAACUGUGAAUGUUGCAAAACCAACAAAGGGCUCAACGGUGGCAGUUUUCGGAUUGGGAGCAGUAGGCCUAGCAGCGGCAGAAGGAGCCAGAGUGUCCGGUGCUUCGAGGAUUAUUGGUGUGGAUUUCCAUGCAAACAAAUUGGAGCGAGCAAAGCAGUUUGGUGUGACGGAGUUUGUGAACCCCAAAGACUAUACCAAACCAGUUCAAGAGGUCAUCGCCGAGAUGACUGAGGGAGGAGUCGACAGAAGCAUCGAAUGUACUGGAAACAUUGAUGCUAUGAUUUCAGCAUUCGAAUGCGUCCACGAUGGCUGGGGUGUAGCUGUUCUAGUGGGAGUCCCACACAAAGAUGCUGUAUUCAAAACACACCCUAUUAAUUUCCUAAAUGAAAGGACUCUAAAGGGCACCUUCUUCGGAAACUACAAACCCCGGUCAGACAUUCCUGCAGUAGUAGAAAAAUACAUGAACAAGGAACUUGAGCUGGAGAAGUUCAUCACUCAUCAAGUCCCUUUCUCGGAGAUCAAUAAGGCCUUUGAUUACUUGCUCAAAGGCGAAAGCAUUCGAUGCAUUAUCCGCAUGGAGCAUUAGAAUGAAGGGAAUCCAUGGUAUCUGACGCAAUACUCUUUGUAAGCCUAUGUCUGGGUUUUUAUCCGUCUUCUAGGUGUUCAUAUGCUUCCACUAAUUCCAAUGUUUGUCCGAAUUUUGGUAAUAAAAGAGAAUGUUAUGAAUCUCUUUUAUGGUUUGGCGUCUGAUUCUCUGUUUGUGCAAAUUUAGGACGACGGUUUAGCCCAACAGCAAAACUUUCCAUCGGCAUCCCUGAUGGCGCUUUGAAUCGCAAAAAAAGGUCAUUCUAAAUGGGGAUAAGAUUGUGUA